GUGUGCACUCUCAAACCUAGGCACACCAGAAAAACCAGACGACCGUUGCGGCGGUCGUGGGCAAAGGUCUGACGUCUCGGAUGUUCAGACGCGCACUCGGGGAGACCAGUUUAUUUUGCGAACGCAGCACGUAUCGCUUCGUGUGUUUCCGAACGAGUUUGUGGCUAUCGUCGAAAGAGCUAGCAGAAUGUACCCGGUUUCGAUCGUCGCCCUGAUUUUUGUCGCCACGGCGGUGGUUGCUCUUUCCGACCGCGCGUCGGCGUUGACGCCGGACCCAGGUGAUGUGCAGUACGACAUACUGUUUGGAAGGGAACCAAGGAACGGAAACGUGGGUGACGCGUGUCGGAACAACGACCACUGCAAGAAGAACCUGUGCUGCCUGGCGUCCAGCUGCCAGCCACGGUCACCGCCUGGCCAUCCGUGCAGCGACGAGCAGAUAAAGGGCGGGACCUACGUCAAGCACUGCCCCUGCCUCUCAGGAGACGGCACGUGCACCCGAGGUGUCUGCCCCCGCGGGAACGUGAAGAGAGGUUGAUAUUCUGCGCAAAGAAUCUGGGGACGAAAUCUUUGAAAUAAAGAUCUCAGUGA